CCCGUGUGCGUGUACCCGGUGCGUUGGCUGUGCAUCACAUCAGCGCGGAACGCCAGACAAGAGUCCAUAGUUCUCUAACGGUUGUGCCAUGUGCGAAACAAAGGCUACUGGGCGGUGGCGAGGCCAGCGAGACGGCGACGGGAAGAUGCUGUCGAAACAAGAUCUAGACAUGAUCGCGGCGUACAAGUACAAACCGGGCGCGUACACGCACCUCGACAACCUCCUCACGCCCUUCUGGAACUGGGCGGUGACGCUCCUCCCCGUGUGGAUGGCGCCCAAUCUCGUGACCUUCAUCGGCCUCGCCGGGACGUGUCUCGCGUCGCUGUUGGUGACGAGCUACAGCCCGGGCCUGGAGGGGGAGACGGUGCCCGGGUGGUGCUCCCUGCUCUUCGCCUUGGCCUUAUUUUUGUACCAGACGCUGGACGCCAUCGACGGAAAGCAGGCCAGGAGAACCAACAGCUCCAGCCCGCUCGGGCAGCUCUUUGACCACGGCUGCGAUGCGGCCGUCAAGGUGCUCUGCUUCGUGGCGAUGUGCGCCACGCUGGAAGUAGGCCCGACGCCCAACGUGAUGAUCCUAUUCUGUAUCGUGGAAGGCGUGUUCUACAUGGCUCAGUGGGAGGAGUACCACACGGGCACGCUCAACUGGUCCAACGGUUACAUGGGCGUAACGGAGUCGCAGCUCAUCCAGAUGGGGCUCUUCGUGAUCUCGGCCUUCUUUGGCCAAGACAUUUGGUCGGCAGCCGUAACACUGCCAGGGACGGACUUGAGGGUGAGUGUGCUGCAGGCCAUGGUGUGGGCGCUUAUUCCUCCGGCUGUAGCUAUGGUUUCCUCCAACAUCAGGAGGGUCUGGGCCAGUCGCCCGGAGGAUCUGCCCGAGGAAGAGAGGGGACUGAAGACGAUCGGAGUGUACCCGGGAGUGCUGCAGCUGCUGGCCAUGUCGGCGGCGAUGGGUCUAGGCGUUGCACUCUCCAUGGGGCCCGCCUUGCCGGUGUUCGUGAAGCACACGGGGCUGCAGCUAUUCAUGCUCGGGACGGUCACUACGCACCUCACGAGCCAAAUGAUCGUGCACCACAUGGCCAAGUCGGCACUGUCCUUGCAGGACGUGACGUGCCCGUCUCUCCUCGUCCUGGCCGCCGUGACCCUUAACGUCUACUUGCCAACGCUGGGGAUCGGCGAGACGUCCCCCAUGGACCCAGAGAAGGCCCUGUAUCUGGGCUCGGGGAUCGCGAUGGCGUCGUACCUACGGUAUGUGAGCGGGGCUAUCUCUGACAUUUGCUGGCAUCUGGACAUCCAGUGCUUCCGCAUCAAGCACAGCAGCGGCAACGGCAAGAAAGAGGACUGAGUUACUCCCCCUGAAAUGAAAUGCCUUCUUCGGAGUUGUUGCUGGGAUGAGAUGUGGGUCGGUGUGAAAGAAGCUGAGCCGGCUGCGACUGCGGUUGUGUUUUGUCCCGAAACUUGCCUGUGGAUCGGACGGCUAGAACGGCACGUGGUGCGGUUGGUUGCAGGCGCGCGCCCGCGGCUUCACGGGGAGGACGAAGUGUAAAGGGAAGCGGCUCCGUUUCCCGGCGCUGCACGUGGCUGGACGUCGGCGUAUCGACGGCGGACAACGUCAAGCGUCAUCCACCGAAUAGAUCAACCAGCGCAUGCUGUUUGGUUGAAUUGAGUCGAGGAGAAGUAUUUUGGAACGGGACAAAGCUGCGUUGCUUGUGCGGAUUGCCGGGCGUUCCUGCAGGUGUCACGUGGAGGUGUUUUUUGUUUCGGCGGGAGCCCGCUGGGCAUGGAGGGCCUUCGCAUUGCCAGUGAAAUACGGCACCACGGAGAGUGUGGGAACUGAAUUUUGAAUGGUUAUCUUGGGCUGGAUAAUGCGCCGUCUGUCGGUGCUUCCGUUGGUCCGCUGGAGAACGCUAUCGGAAAGCACCCUCUGCGUUUGAGUGGCGGUCUGGUACACGGUUUACGGUGCGGGUUUUGAGGUCUUUGGCGCCGUGAGUAGAGCGCUGAACGUUUAUUUGAAGGAAGUGGGAGAAGAGACGGGGAUUUUUUUUGGGUCGAAUUCAGAAUGAAAAUUUGGGGUUUGCGCAUACGAGGCUGACAUGACCUCGACGCAUGUGUAAAUAUGAACGGCUUGCAUUACGUUUAAUCUGUUCGUUUUUUUUAAAGUAUUGUCACGCUGUUUGGAGCGUGAGAGUGUGGUACACCCUUUUGUUUGCGUGCCCCCGCGCGAGGGGAUUGGCCUCAGAGUUGGACGCUUUCCGCCAGAUGUGUCGCUAUGGAGAGGGGCGUGAACCUCGGCCGCCGUCGACUUCGUUUUUGUGGUGUUGAUGAGACUUUGUGCGCCAACGUUUCGGCUUCUUCGUGCUGCACUCUUUGUGCCUUCUUUUUCCCGAGGCAAGGUGGUUGAGCGCGAGAAGCAUUCGUCGCUACUGUGGCUAGAUAAAUUGCACCAUGACUCUUUUCAUGGAACGAGCGAACACACAAUGUCGGCCACCGUGUCCUCAUGGGGGGCCAGAUGAUGUUCUGCCGAUGGGUGGGGGGAUGUUCCCGGCCACGGGGACGUGGCUCCCCGCGCAGGGUACAAGGUGGUUCUAAACUUGACUCCUACAGGUGGAACACAAAGAGUCGAGACAGGCGUGUAGGUUCCUCAGCUGGGGCUUAAAGUUUGGGGUGGAUAUUCGUGUUCAAGUGUUGGUUUUGUGUUUCCUUGGUGACGGCAAGGCUUGUGGGCCUUGUUGAGGAGUUCUGUUGGGCCAAACUCGCUUGAUAGUGUGGGAUGAAUAAGUCAACCGAGAGAGAGAGCGGGGGGGGGAGAGGGGGAGGAGGGGGUACUUCCUGUUGUGGAACAUGGUGGAGGAGCCAGGGGCUGCGUUCGCUUAAUGCGGCGGUGGAGGUGGUGGGUGAGUAGAGGGAGGGCAGCGACCGCAAACUGCUGUUGCCGUCGUCGCCAUCGUCGCCAUCGUCGUCGUCGUCGAUGCCGUUUCUGCUUCUUGCUGCUGCUCCUUUCGAGAAGGGAAAACGAGCUGCUGACUUGUUUGGGGGCCUGUGGCGUCAGCGCAUCACGUUGCCGGUAGCUAGAAUGUUACGCGUAAGGCGUCUUUCAGUGUCGAGGGGUGUCGAUAUCAUUGCCGACACCCCAGCAUCGCUACAAGGGCAAGACAUCGAUCUGAUUUGACGUUCCGUUCCCGAAAAUGUGGCCGCUCUCUUUCAUCGUCGGCGCAUGCGCAAGCUCCGCGCGCUGCUGUAACAUGCCGGGCGUGAUAUGUUUUGAGUUGGUGGCUUUUCCAGCCCCCGCCUUGGAAAAAUGUGUGUUAUGGGGAAAAUCUGCUUGGCGCGUUUUGUUGGCUGCCUGCCUCCUGCCUGCAUUGGUAUCGGGCAAAACGCGGCGAACAGUGUGAAGAAUGACGUACAAGUGUCGCUUGUUUGUUUUCCGCCGCCCUUGGAUUCUAUCAGGAAUGCUGGCACAUGGACCGUUUUGUUAGGGGUAAAAACAUCGUGUUGCUGUAUGGACGUAAGUACCGGUGGUCGCUAGAGCUUCCAACAGUUUACGUUAGUUAGUGGCCUUAUAGUUGGACUUGCACCGCUCCAUGGAGUAGAGGGAUCGCGGUGGUUGUAAGGGUGAAACGUGUUUUAUUUGCCCUUGUCCCUGGGGAAAGUGUUGUGGCGGGAUAUGAAGUGCUUUAUGGAGAGAGUGAGGGUUGUGAUGUUGGCGCAGGAAAGUGCCGUUGUUGUGACACUUGCAUCGUCGGCUUUUCUGAGUGCAAGGUAAAUUGGUGUGGACCAACGAUCAUUGCGGAGACCCACUUGGGUUCACCGAAAACAGCGAGUUCUUGGGGAAAUAAUGCCAUGGUAUAAUGCCACCCUCUCGAUGCGGAAUUCCUGUUCACGGCGACUUGCCCCAUUGUUGUUUGGCGGGGGGAUAUGGGACAUUCGUAGGGCAGUGGCGGCAUUAGGUUUCUUGAAAUGGGGCUGGAUCGAGUUAUGUACAUGACUUUGGACAAACCUUAGCGACAUGAUGACGAGCGGAACUUCUUACGGAGAGAUUCUGUGCCCCCCGCCAGCGAGGCAUGCACCCUACAGAAUGGCGGAGCGCGGCCGGUUUUGACAGCUUUCUGUGCCACGAAGAUGGCACAGCUGUGUGCUGUUGAGGGCAUCCUCGCUCAAGGUUUUGUUUCGUCGUUGCUGGCACGAUGGGAGAGGGGGGCUUCCUAUGGUUGGUUGGAGAGCCCCAUCUCGAGACCCAACAGGCGUGUCUACAUUGCUUGGUGAUCGUCAGCGUAUUUUACCCGUGGAUUGCUCAAGUCUUGUAGCUUCGCGUACUAUAGUUUCAUCGUGUUCUUUCGUGCUUGCAGCAAGCUCCCAAGGAGCACCCAUUCUUGACGAUCGUCAGCGUAUUUUACCCGUGG